GCCCGGGCGCAGAGGGCGGCGUGGGGGCAGGCGGGGGCAGACCCUCUGCGCCCGGCCCGUCUCCUGUGGGUAUAAUAGCGCUCGGCUCCUGGGCUCCAACACGCCUCCCACUGGAUCAGUGGAUCUGCUUUGCCACUUGCUCUGGACCUCGGCCCUCGCCUUUCCUCAAAAAUGGACCCGAACUGCUCCUGCCCCACUGGCGGCUCCUGCAGCUGUGCUGGCUCCUGCACCUGCAAGGCCUGCAGAUGUCUCUCCUGCAAGAAGAGCUGCUGCUCCUGCUGCCCUGUGGACUGUGCCAAGUGUGCCCAGGGCUGUGUCUGCAAAGGGGCCUCGGACAAGUGCAGCUGCUGCGCCUGAUACCCGGGGGAGCCUGCCCUAGUGGUCAAUAGAGCAACCAUGACAAAUUUAUAUAGAUACAUAUUUUUCAUACAACCCGACCUGGUGCUACAUUCCCUUUUUCUGUGAGACAUGUGAUUUCUAGUAAAGUUGUUGACUUUA